AUGCCCAGGGUAGGUCGUUUCACGAAGAAAGCCCGUGUAGACACAGCAUGUCAGCAGCCUCAAGUAGGAUUUGAUGCGGCCUUAACUUCGCAGAGAGCGGACUGCCCAAUUCCGCUGUCCAGUGGCAGUGGUGUCCCCGCAUCCUUGUCUUUACGCCCCUUUCGUUUACCCCACAGCGAACCACUUCCUGCUCCACAGGCUUGCACCCAUGAUGUUCAAAACUCGGAGCCGAACGCUGAAGACUUAGACCUAGAGGCAGAUGAGGUAGAUUCUUUUGAGCAACAUGUUGAUAACCUUUUUGCUGCAUCGGAUGCUCAGAAGCGCAAGGGACGCAAGACUGCAGAAUUUGGGAUGUUAAAACAAUUGGUCAAACUGAGUGUGAAGGAAGCUAUGAAGCCACCUAAUGGGAGAAAGAUCGUACUCAGGUUUAACAGUGUACUGCAACCAGUUGGGGAUGCGGCAGGUCUACGGAACGGCGUUAUGGGACUGCUAGGAUUUGAUUACACCAAAUUUCCAAUCUGCGAGAAGGACUGGAAAAAGGUUCGCACCAGGGACAAGGUCUAUAAUGAAUGUGUAAAGAAAAUGUUCCAUUUUGAAGAAGAUAGUAGAGGAAUUAUCAAGCGUAUAAUAUUCAAAAUACUAGGAAGGGCUUGGAAGAAAACGAGGAACAGAUUAUACCAUCAUUGCUAUGACCCAGAACUUUCACUUGAAGAAGAUAUUGAAAACCGCCCAGAUGGAAUUACUGUGGACCAUUGGAGAUGGUUUCUCGACUAUCGCAAUAGCGAAGAGACACAUGUAAUAUAG